UGGGGCUCGAACUCAAAAGCGGUGUCUGGGUCGGCGUCGCGCUCACCUGCCUGGGCCGUGGAGCCACGGGGAGGGCGCCAGGAGAGCCUGCAGCGAGGCCGCGAGAUGGACUCAGUGGUCUUUGAGGAUGUGGUUGUGGACUUCACCCAAGAGGAGUGGGCCCUGAUGAAACCUGCUCAGAAAAAGCUCUACAAAGAUGUGAUGCUAGAAACCUUCAGGAACCUGGUCACAGUAGAUGAUGAGAAUCAACUUAGAACCAAUGGGUCCACUUCUCAGCAGGUUAUUUUUGGAGAAAAAUUAUCCAAUGAGCAGAAAAUAGCAAGGUUCACAAAAAAUGAUUCCUGGACCUCCCUUUUUGGAGAAAAUUGGGAAGACCAGUGCAUUGAAGAUAAGCACAACAACCAGGGGAGACAUUUGAGCAGAAAUCAUAUGGUGGAGAGACUCUGUGACAGUAGCAAAGGUAAUACAUGUGGUGAAACCAUCAACCAUAUUCCAAGUCUUAAGCUGUACAAGAAAACGCCUACUGGAGUAAAACUGUAUGAGUGCAUUCAGUGUGGAAAAGUCUUCAGGCAUCGCUCAUCCCUUAAGAGGCACAAAAGAAGUCAUACUGGACGCAAACUAUAUCAGUGUGAGGAAUGUGGGAAAGCGUUCAGUUGUUCUUCCUACCUAAGGAAUCAUGUGAAAACUCACAGUGGAGAGAAACCCUAUGCCUGUAAACUUUGUGGGAAAACAUUUAUUCGUUCCCACUCCCUCACUGGACAUAUAAGGAGUCACACUGGAGAGAAACCCUAUGAAUGUAAGGAAUGUGGGAAAGCCUUCAGUUGCCCCAAAUCCUUCCGCGUACAUGUGAUGAUGCACAAUGGUGGGAAGCCCUAUGAAUGUAAGCAGUGUGGGAAAGGCUUUAGCUGUCCCAAAUCCUUUCGAGUACAUAUGAUAAUGCACACUGGAGAGAAACCCUAUGAAUGUAAGCAGUGUGGGAAAGCCUACUGUUGGCUCACAUCCUUUCAGAGACAUGUGAGAAUUCACAAUGGAGAGAAACCCUAUAAAUGUGAAAAAUGUGGGAAAGCGUUUGGUUGGCCCUCAUCCCUACACAAACAUGUCCGAAUGCACACUGGAGAGAAACGUGUAAACAUAAGCAACGUGGGAAGGCCUUCAGUUGGCCCUCAUCCUUCCAAAAAUGUAAGAACUCACACUGAAGAGAAACGCUAUGAGUGUGAAAAGUGUGGGAAAGCAUUUGGUUGGUCCUCAUCCUUACACAAACAUGACAGAAAGCACACUGGUGAGAAACAUAAAUGCAAGCAAUGUGGGAAAGCUUUCGGUCAUCCUUCCAAAAAUGUAAGAAUGCAGACUAGAGAAAAACCCUGUAAGUGUGAAAAAUGUGGGAAAGCCUUCAGUUGGUCCCAAUCCUUCUAAAACCAUAAGGAUAAAGACUAGAGAGAAACCUCAGAUGUGUGAAAAAUGUGGGAAAACUUUCAGUUGUCUCAAAGUGUUUCGUAGUCAUGUGAGAACUCACAGUCAAAAGAACGUUUCUAAAUAUAAGAAAACCUAAUGCAUAUUAAUUCAUGUAAAACAGUUUGGAAAAUCCACACCAGAAGAGAAAUAUUAUAAAAGUUACACAGUAUUGCUCAGUAUCUCAUCCUUAAUGUGGACCUCUGGCAAGUGAAUUUCCAUGUCUCGUUCAACUAAACAUUGAGAUGAAAAUUCUCAAGUAUUCUGAGUACAUCUACACAGUACAUGAAUUUUGAUAUAUUGUAGGUUUUCUCCCCCUUCAUGAAUUCAGCUAAUAUUUCUGCAUCCAUUUUGAAGUGUGAUUCACCCACGGGUGGUUGAUGUGUUUUAAAUAUGCAUUAGGUUUAAUUUUAUAUAGUUUUUAAAUUGUUCUGUAAGUAUGGGGCCUUUAGAGUAAUGUGACAUUGGUAUUCGUUUGGAUUUUCUUACUGGCCAAGUAUGUUCCAAGCUGGGUAUCACUUUCCCAUUACGUACAUAUAUUCCAUUUUACUGUCUUCCUGAGAGAACUUACAACUUGACACUUAAAGUUGACACUUCUUUACUUACAUCAUAAGGUAUAUGUUCUCGACACCUUUUUUUUUUUUUUUUUUUUUUUUUUUGCCAGAGGAUCGUUAUUCCAUUAUUCCAUUUUGCUGGCUUGCAAAUUUGUGAAUAUGUAAUUGGCUAGAAAUUUGUAGGUAUGCAGAGAUCUUGCAAGAGUAUAGUUUCGUAUGAAUUGUUAUUUCCAUCUGUUGCUGUAUGCUCUUUGUCCUAGCUUCUGGUUAGGAAGUGGACAAUACAUUUGAAUGAAGAAGACAGUGAAAUCUAGAGGUGGAUAUGGUUCUCUUGGAACAUGUCCUCGCAACAUAGGAAGGGCUAGGAACUACCACUUCCCAGGAUACUUUCUCUAUAUGGUUCCAUGAUAGAAUUCUGUAAUAGCCCAGCUUGCAUGAGAUUUGAAAGAAGCGCCUUUCAGUGUAUUGAACCACCACUCUCUAGGGAGAUAGACAGAUGUGUAGGGACUCCGUGGGUACCGUCUCCAGCUUAUUUUCCUGAUUGCCGGCCUUGCCAAUCAAAAGCACCUUCAAAACAAAUACCAACUGCGUGACUUCUACUUCGUCAGAGGUGUAGGCUUUUACAGACACCCUACCAGCUUCUCCAGCAUGGAUGCACAUCCACGGUCAGAUAUCCACAGCUUGCAUUUUCCUGAAAGCCCUAGACUGUCCACCGGGCCACUGAUUAGGAUGUCAUGGCCGUUGAUCUCAUCUAAUGCUCUGACCCCUUUUCCCUAGAUCUUAACAUAUUCACAUAAAGUCUGAUUUGUAUAGUGAACAUCUUACUCUCUUAAUACUUCUCACGCUUCUGUGUGUCUGCUUCCAGUACAACAGAUGCAGUGGUGCAUCCAUAAGAACAUAUGGGGCUGUGUUUCCCUACGGCAUGAUUGAGCAGCUGUCCUGACCCAGUAUUCCUAUAACAUAAAUCAGCAUUACUGAUAUAUUGGGUAGACGGUGUGGGUCUUCUGUUACUCAGCACUAAAUCCAAUC